AUGGGCGGAGACGAAGUAAUAGCAUUGGGGACCGAAAAGUUCAAUGACACAGAUUUUGCUUAUUUGAGGAUGCAGAUAGAUGAUUACCUUUAUGAGAAGAAACUUCAUCUUCCGUUACUGGGAAAGCGACCGGAAAAGAUGGACGAGGCAGAAUUGAAUAUGUUGGAUCGACAGGAUCUGGGUAAUCGUAAGAAUAAGGAGAAUGAUGAUGCUAAUAUUGUAAUUGAAGAGAUACAAGAUGCGCUAUUGCUGACAGUUCACAGUUUUGUUGAUGACUGGAUACUGGAUUCAGGGGUUUCCUUCCAUACACCGGCAGUUGAUGUGAAACUAUGUUGCAGGUGA